UGCCAGUGCAGAGCUCAACCAGAACCCAACAGAUUCUGUUCCCAGCGUGGCAGAGAGACUUGCUACCAGAGAAAGCUGUCAUACAGACAGUGAUUCCUGACUUUAUUCAUCUUCCUGGAAGGAGCGGAGACUGGAGACAUGCCUAGUCAUUUCAGACAUGUCCUUAAUCCAUCCUCAGAUAAUUUUAGGCAUUCAGUAGAAGAAGGUUAUAAGUAGAUGAGCACAAGAAGAGCCAAAGGUUAUGAUGCAUGAUUAUCACAGAAGAAAUUCAUGUCUAUAGCUCCUAAGGACUAUAUUACAUCAUCUUCAAGCCUGCUAGUUUUGGAAUCCAUAUUGCAGCUGCAAACACACAUCUGCUUUUGCAUUUCCACAAACAUCAUUCCUGUCAGGAGAUUCUGAAACUCAAGUGCUCUGUUCUCACACAGUGAUACCAUUGGGCUAUUUUAAAUUUACAGUCAUACAUUUGCUUGCCAGACCAACACCAAAAUGAUUCCCAACGGAUAUUUGAUGUUUGAGGAUGAGAACUUCAUCGAGUCCUCUGUUGCCAAACUCAACGCCUUACGCAAGAGCGGUCAGUUCUGCGACGUCCGCCUGCAGGUGUGUGGACACGAGAUGCUGGCGCACCGAGCCGUGCUGGCGUGCUGCAGUCCCUACCUGUUUGAAAUCUUCAACACUGACAGUGACUGUCAUGGGGUUUCCCACGUGAAAUUCGAUGAUCUCAACCCAGAAGCUGUUGAAGUUCUGUUGAAUUAUGCCUAUACUGCUCAGUUGAAAGCUGAUAAAGAGCUGGUGAAAGAUGUAUACUCUGCAGCAAAGAAGUUGAAGAUGGAGAGGGUUAAGCAGGUUUGUGGUGACUAUUUGCUCUCCAAGAUGGACGUGCAGAGCUGCAUCUCCUACCGGAACUUUGCCAGCUGCAUGGGAGACUCUCGGUUGUUGAACAAGAUCGAUGGCUACAUUCAGGAACACCUUGUAGAGAUUUCAGAACAGGAGGAAUUCCUCAAACUCCCACGGUUAAAGCUUGAAAUAAUGCUGGAAGACAAUGUUGGCCUACCCAGCAAUGGCAAAUUGUACACAAAGGUAAUCAACUGGGUACAGCGCAGCAUCUGGGAGAACGGAGGCAGCCUGCAAGAUCUGAUGGAAGAGGUGCAAACGCUGUACUACUCAGCUGAUCACAAGCUGCUUGAUGGAAAUCUGCUAGAUGGACAGGCUGAGGUGUAUUGCAGUGAUGACCACAUUCAGUUUGUGCAGAAGAGACCACCACGAGAGAAUGAUCACAAGCAGAUCAGUAGCAGCUCCUCUGGAAGUCUUUCUCCAAAUGCUACUGUUCAGAGUCCUAAACACGAGUGGAAAAUCAUUGCUUCAGAGAAGACUUCGAGUAACACGUACCUGUGCCUGGCCGUGCUGGACGGCGUGCUGUGCGUCAUCUUCCUGCACGGCCGCAACAGCCCGCAGAGCUCCCCCUCCAGCACCCCGCGGCUGCUCAAGAGCCUGAGCUUCGAGCUGCAGCCCAGCGACCUCAUCGAGAAGCCCAUGUCGCCCAUGCAGUACGCGCGCUCGGGGCUGGGCACGGCCGAGCUGCACGGCAGGCUCAUCGCUGCCGGGGGCUACAACAGGGAGGAGUGCCUGCGCACCGUGGAGUGCUACGACCCUGAGAAGGACACCUGGACCUUCAUUGCGCCCAUGAGGACGCCGAGGGCCCGGUUCCAGAUGGCGGUGCUGAUGGGGCAGCUGUACGUCGUGGGUGGGUCGAACGGCCACUCGGAUGACCUGAGCUGUGGGGAGAUGUACGAGCCCGAGAUCGAUGACUGGACCCCUGUUCCGGAGCUGCGGACCAACCGCUGCAACGCAGGAGUGUGUGCCCUGAAUGGAAAGCUGUACAUUGUGGGUGGUUCUGAUCCAUAUGGCCAGAAGGGACUGAAGAACUGUGAUGUGUUUGAUCCUGUAACGAAGGCUUGGACGAGCUGUGCUCCCCUCAACAUCCGGAGGCACCAGUCGGCCGUGUGUGAGCUGGGGGGGUACCUGUACAUCAUCGGCGGGGCCGAGUCGUGGAACUGCCUCAACAGCGUGGAGCGCUACAACCCCGACAACAACACGUGGACCCUGAUGGCGCCCAUGAACGUGGCGCGGCGCGGCGCCGGCGUGGCUGUCCGUGACGGAAAGCUCUUUGUGGCCGGGGGAUUCGACGGCACGCACGCGGUGAACUGCGUGGAGAUGUACGACCCUGCCAGGAACGAGUGGAAGAUGAUGGGCAGCAUGACCACGCCCAGGAGCAACGCUGGCAUCACCACCGUGGCCAACACCAUUUAUGCAGUGGGGGGCUUUGAUGGCAAUGAGUUCUUGAACACGAUUGAGGUCUACAAUCCAGAGUCGAACGAGUGGAGCCCCUACACCAAAAUUUACAAGUUUUAAGUGAAUUAAAUUCCCUUUUCAAACUAACAGGCUUAGUGAUGUAAUUGUGUUUCAGUAGAGGUACACCUGUGAAUAGGGGUGGGGAGGGCAUGGAUGUUGCCAACAGCAACACAGAGCUUUUGCAUAUUGCAUAUUAAUGUGCUGUAUAUAUUUGUUUUGGAAAGAAUAUUGAGAUGAAAGGGUUUUUGUGUAUUUUAGAACUUUAAAGGUUUUGGUUUUAAGAUUUUGACGAUAACGCAAGAGAAACUAGACUGGGCAUAUCAUUUCAGGAGCUUCCCCCAGUGUUUGUCACUUUGCACAUUGGAUGACUUCCUGGAGGUGUGUUCUUGGGGCAGGAAGGGUAACCUUUGUGGGGGAUAAUGUUUUUUUCUUUCAUUAGGCCUUGGUUUCCUUUAGUAACUGGAACAAUCUGUAACAAGAAGCCUUAUUUAAAUAGAUAUAAUGGCUAUUUUUUUUAUUAAAAACAAAGCUGACAUGCCUCUGCUAAUA